GCAACACGCAGCAACACCUGCAACACGCAGCAACACCUGCAACACGCAGCAACACCUGCAACACACAGCAACACCUGCAACACGCAGCAACACCUGCAGCGCGCAGCAACACCUGCAGCAAGCAGCAACACACGCAUCAUCAGCAACACGCAUCCUGACACGAUGGAAACCGAAAAUUUAACGGAGGUGGAGAAACUCAACCUUGAUUUUCCAGCAGAAGUUGUGCAAGCCAUCCAAGAGAUACUUCCAAGUGAUGAUCCCUUUGACGCCCCAGAUUUUAACACGGUAGAAUACAUCAAUACACGAUUCCCAGCUGAACAGUCUCUUCAUCAUAUUGACGAUGUGCUGGAGGAGAUGAGGUUGAAAAUUACAUCCACUGAUGACCAGAUCCGGACAGUUGUUAGGUCCCUUACUAAUGUUGAUCAGGAUGGGCGUGCAUCAUUACUAAAUGCUCAAGAAGCCAUAGCAGAGCUUUUCUCACGUUUUAAAGACAUCAAGGAAAAAGCCGGAGAAUCUGAGCAGCGUGUGAAAGAGAUCACACGGGACAUCAAGCAGCUUGACACAGCCAAGAGGAACCUCACUACUUCUAUUACCACACUAAACCAUCUCCAAAUGUUGGUGGAGGGAGUUCAGAAACUGCAAGCCCUGAAGGUCCGUCGGGAAUAUGGAGAAAUUGCCACACUUCUGCAAGGAGUAAUGAAUGUUUUAGAACAUUUGAAUCGCUACAAGCAUAUUCCACAAGUUGCGGACUUAGCUCGCCAGGUGGAGCAGAUUAGAGGAGACUUAGAGAAACAAAUUUUGGAUGAUUUUUACCAAGCAUUUCAUGGCCCCAAUGCCCGACGUUUUGCUCCCACAAAAGAGCUUGCUGAGGCUUGCCUUGUAGUCUCAGAGUUGGAUCCAAAAGUCAAACGCACUAUCAUAGAGGACGUAGUAAAGACACAGUUAGCCGAGUAUGAGGUGCUGUUUGCUGGAGGCGAGAGUGAUGCUUGGCUCACCAAAGUGGAUUUAAGGCGCAAAUGGUUCUUGAAAACAGCUGUAGAAUUUGAAAAAACAUUAGCUGCAAUGUUCCCACCAUCAUGGCAGGUUCCAGCUCGUCUUGCACUUUCCUUUUGUGAUGUGACAAGAUCUCAGUUAUCUCGAGCAAUGGAGCUGAGAACCCAAGAUAUUGAUGUUGGCACACUUCUUCAUUCUCAUAAGGUUAUGUCAGAGUUGGAGAGUCUCCUGGUGAGGAAGUACGCAGGAUUCCAGUCAUGCGACAAAACUCCGCGAUCAUCUACCUCGACAAACCCCUUCUUAGAAGAUGACCAGCCUACUAGACCUAGCAGUACAAACCCUUUUGUGGAGUAUGAGGCUCAAGAAGAGGUUUCCAGCUCCCCGUUCAAUGGUGCAGUGUGCCGGUGCUUCCAGCCAUACCUCCGAGUGUACAUAGAGAAUGUUGACAAACGGCUGAGCGAUCAGAUUGAAAAGUUUGCUAGUGAAAUGAAAAGCUACAAGUUUGAGCACAUCGAUGCAGAGGAAUCGAAUGUUGUACCAUAUUGUGGAGAGCUCUUCACUAUAUACAAGAAUGUAUUGGUUGAGUUCCUACGCUUAGGACCUGGAGAGAGCUUAGGAGGUCUUGUGGAGGUUCUUCAGAAACACUUGCGAGAGUUUUGUAAUAAAGUGGUUCGAACAGCCUUGCCGAAGGUUGGGGCCAACAUUCCCAUGCCCAAAGACAUCAACAUGAAAGAACUAACAGCUGUUCUUGCACAGGUACAGACACUGUGGCGUGAAGGUGACAGUCCCAAAUUGGGAGAUGAUGAUGUUCGUCGAGUCUGUUCAGUUUUGGUGUCUGCAGAAUACUGCGAAGAAAUGACAGGGCGACUGGAGGCUAAGUUAAAAGAAAAAAGUCCACCAUCACUUGUUUCUACCAUCAGCCUUACUCAGGAACAAGAUCUUUUCCAUGCAGUUUUAGCACAGUGCAUUGCACUUCUUGUGACCCAUGUGGAGAGCCUGUGUGAUCCAGCACUUGCCUCCAUGACUAAGGUCAACUGGAUGGUGGAACAGACUGGCGACCAGAGCCCCUACGUGACCGCCAUCUCUCAGCACAUUGGUGCAUCUGUGCCGCUAGUCAGGCACAAUCUUCACACCUCUCGUAAAUACUUCACAAGGUUUUGUGAUAAAUUAGCAGCAGCGAUACUCAACAAGUUUGUCCAGCAGGUGUACAAGUGCCGACCCAUCAGUGGAGUCGGGUGUGAACAGCUGCUGUUGGACUGCCAUGCCCUCAAGGCUGUUAUGCUGCAGCUGCCAGUUGUUGCUUCACAAGUGCGGCGUGACCCUCCACAGACGUACACAAGAAUGGUUGGAAGAGGCAUGGCUCGUGCUGAGUUAGUACUACAGGUUGUGAUGGGAGAGUAUGCAACACACAAUGACCUGGUUGACAAAUUUAAUAGACUUCUUCCUGAUGCUACCAUUGCAGACUUCCAAAAGGUGUUGGAGAUGAGAGGAGUAAAGGAUCGAGCGUCGGUUCUAGAGCUGUAUCGCCAACGCACUAUGGGAUCCUCGGUAGAUUCUCCUCAUCGUAGUCCUGCAGUUUCAAGCUCCGGCAGCCAGGCAUUAUCUGCUCAUCACUCCAUCAGUCAGAGUUCAUCUACAGCUAGCAUUAGCACCAUCUCUGUCCCAAGCCCAGAGCAUGAGAUGAGCAAGAUUGCUCGUCUAGAGAGAAUGUUGAAGUCUCGUAGACUUAUAUCUUAAAGUAUUAAUAGCUAUUAUUGAUAAGCUUCAAAAAUGUCUUUAAAGCAUUUGGUAUAUAUUAUUUUGUUUGUGUAUAUAUAUGCUGAGGAGCCGAGUCAUGUUUGUCUUACGUUUAUUGAGCUAUUACUGAACACUAUGAAGCACGAACUUUUGUUUAGCAAAUUUACAUUUUAUCACAUAUUAUUGUGUCAAAUUUUGUUAUCAAAUAUUAAGUAAAGAUAAUUCUAAGAAAA